AUGAUGGGUGUUCUUUCUUCUUUAUCUACAAUCAAAAUAUCUGGUUUUCUGGGCAAUUCUCCAUGGACAUCUGACAAAAUAAUUUACUUGUCAUUUUCAAUGACUACAUCUAGAGUUUGUCCAUAUCACGUCCCCGCUUUCACCACCCAUACGAUAUUUAAACAUAUAAUUUUAUUUAUUACUCUCUCUCUCCCUCUCUCUCUCUCUCUCUCUCUCUCCUUCUUUCUCCUUCUCUCUUUCUCUUCCUCUGUUUCCCUCUUUCUUCGUCUCCCACCCUCUCGCCCUCUCUCUACCCCUCACUCUCUUUCACCCUCUCUACCCCUCAAUCUCUCUUUCACCCUCUCUCUCAUUGGGAAUAGUCAUUCGCCCACUCUUUCACUUCUUUUUUAUUCAAUUCUUGUCCACACGUUUGCCGUUCUUUCUUUUUUCCUUUCUUUCUCUCUUUCUUUCUUUCUUUCUUUCUUUCUUCUCUCCCUCACUUCUUUCCUUCUUUCUUUCAAUCCCUUUUUAAUUAUUUUAAUUUUUGAUAAAACCACUAUCUGUCUUUCUUUCCUUUUUUCCUUUACGUUUUUCUUUUCUUUCUUUCUUUGUUUCUUAUUGUAA